CAACUGCCUCAAGGCACAACAGUCCUUGGCACUGUGCUUUCAUCUGACAAAACCAAUAUCAUGACAAUGACAGGUGCCAGGGUUGCACACUCACUUCUGCUAGGCCUUGCUAAUAUUUGCAUGUGCACUCACACGAAGCUCUCAUCCAAGGCAUUCAUGCUCACAGCUCUUCUCCCUAUCCUGCAGUACAUACACCCUAAUCAAAGAAUGUGGGUAUGCUCGAAGAUUGUCUCAUUCACGAAUGUCUUCUAUUUAUAG